UCAUGACAGUAUGAGAUAGUUUCAUGUGGUGGUUUUGCUGUUUUCAAAAAGUAUUUCAUCAUCAAAUUAUUACAUUUCAUUUACCAGACUGAUCACAUCUCAUCGUGGAAAAAAAGGCGUUAACAGUGGCACCUGCACAAAAUGUCGCACAGAACACUGAUAGACUUCAUAGUAAAAUAUCAUACACCACGACUGUUGAAUAACAUGGUGUUCUUUCCAAGCAUAGGAAAUUCUUAUUUUGGACGGCGUCUAGGGUUCCCUGUAGUUUCAUAUUCUACUUCUACUCCAAAAGUACAAUCUCCAAGAAGUUUCAGCACAUCAACUACCACUCUGACUGGAGUCCCGCUAACAACGGCGCCCAACCAAUAUGAAGGAAAAUUUCAGCUCAUGUUUACAUGCAAGAAAUGCGAUACAAGGAAUACAAAAUUCAUUACAAAACUAGCUUAUUACAAGGGUGUUGUAAUUGUUAUUUGUGAUGGUUGUGAAAACAAACAUUUGAUAGCUGAUAAUUUAAAUUGGUUCUCAGACAUGAAUGGAAAAAAGAAUAUAGAAGACAUAGCAGCAGAAAAAGGAGAAACAGUGCAAAAAAUCUUGUCCCCAGAUUUAGAAUACAUAGCGACUGAGAUGUUGAAGAAUUUGGAGAAAGAUGACUGUGAUGUUCCAUUAUUGAAGAGCUAACAUGUGCAACUAAAGUCAGGUUGGCCGAGUGGUCUAAGGCGCCAGAUUUAAAAACAUGUGCAACUAUGAUGUAACUUAUUUCCAAUGUAAAUAUGAAUAUUUAACAGAUUGGCAAUAUUUCAGUAGCAUUGUUUUUUUUAAAUUGCAACAUACUUAUUAGUAUUCUUAUUUCAGUAACUAAUGUAACUUGCACUUUAUAGUUUAAUCACCCUGAGUGAGGAUCCUUCAUGGACUAUUAUAACUAUGAAUGAAUGCAUUUAUAAAAUGAAUAAAGCAACUGUCUAACAGUGAGGUAUGAUUUUAUAAAUGUGUAGAUGCUCCAAUAGUCUAUUCAAACAAAUUUCCAGAUUAUUGUUAUACUUUAACUAAUUUAUUUUUAUUAAUUCUAAGUUAGGUUUAGUUUGUGUUUGUAAAAUAAUAAAAUGUUUAAUGAUUAAAUGAUUUAUUCAUAGUA